AUGCAUGAUGGCCCCAUGACCGCUCUGGCACUCUCACCACCAACGACCGUCGUCUAUGUCCCCGGCAAGGUCCUUCUCACAGGCGGAUACCUCGUCCUCGACCCUGCGUACUCCGGUGUUGUCUCGACGAGCGCGCGGUUCUACACGACUGUGCGCGACCUCGAUGAUGAGGCAGCGAGCGUCACGGCCGCGAAGGCGGACUGA